GCCCAUAACUAUGUUGCUAAUUACACUCGCGGAAAGCAGAGGACAAUGCAUAAAAGUUUGUUCACUCUUUAAGCGAGGACGACGUCGAUGUUCGAUGGCUGAGCUGAUGGCACGCCAAUAAUUACCUUAAAAAAUCCGAACCGAGAAGAAGAACAGCUUUUCAAAGUCACAUCAGCAACCCGAGGCUGAAAUCCAGUUCUUUCAUUGCUUUAUCUGACCCUCUCUACCUUCUGAAGAAGCAAAUCCACUUCCAGCAGCCCUCACCACGGAAUUUGGGAGGUGGUGGAAAUACCCUGCCUGCGUCAAGCUCCACAAGAAUACUGCAGGAAAGCUGCAGUAGCUGUGGAGUGUUGGUGUGUGCUUGUGGAUCUGUGGUGGGUGGCGUGAAUUAUAGGAGGUUUGAAGAUGAGUUCACGUAGCAGAAGCAAUAGCAGGAGCCGAAGUAUGAGUCAGAGCCAGAGUAGGAGCCGGAGCAGGAGCCCCCGAGAUCGCAGAAUUCGAUCUCGACGCUAUUCUUCUCGUGAUGCUCCUCACAGGAGAGAGACACGUCGUGGUUUCAGCCAAAACAAUUUGUGCAAUAACUGCAAGCGUCCUGGUCAUUUUGCAAGAGAAUGCCCCAAUGUAGCUGUGUGUAACAAUUGUGGCCUUCCUGGGCAUAUUGCAUCGGAGUGCACCACUCAAUUGCGGUGUUGGAAUUGUCGAGAACCUGGGCAUGUUGCUAGUAAUUGUCCCAAUGAGGGCAUUUGUCAUUCAUGUGGCAAGUCUGGACAUCAUGCCAGAGAUUGCCCAAAUCCUGAAAUGCCACCUGGAGACUUGAGGCUAUGCAACAAUUGCUAUAAGCCAGGGCAUAUUGCUGCUGAGUGUACAAAUGAUAAAGCAUGUAAGAACUGCAGGAAAACAGGCCACAUAGCACGCGAUUGUCAUAAUGAACCUGUUUGCAACUCGUGCAACAUAGCUGGGCAUGUGGCAAGGCAGUGCCCAAAGGGCAAUAAUGUUGCAGAGAGGGGUGCUUGGGAUCGGACCAGUGGUUAUCGGGAUGUGGUAUGCCGGACCUGCAACCAGGUGGGCCACAUGAGCAGGGAUUGUGUGGGUCCUAUGAUCAUCUGCCACAAUUGUGGUGGCAGGGGCCAUAUGGCACUUGAGUGUCCAUCCGGAAGAUUUGCUGACCGUGGAUUCCGGAGGUACUGAUAUAAGUCUUGUGUUUGGUUUUGCAAGUCAUAUAGCUUUUAUACCGAUGAAUUGUUUUUGUUUGUUAGUUGUAGCCUAUAAUUUGGGCAAUUGGACUGUGUUUUUGUCCCAAAUUGUAAUACUAUGAGAGAUGCUUUUUUUAAAUCCGACUGUUUCUUUUGUGUUCAGUUAAGACUUAGUAGAAUUGACACGUUAUAUGCCAUUGAACUGGAUUUUUGCUA